AUGCUCCACCAAUUUGGUAAAACUGCAACCCUACAAUGGAUUCCCGGUCACUGUGAUAUUGCAGGAAAUGAGAGGGCUGAUGUUUUGGCAAAGAGAGGCACUAGAAUUCUCCAGGCUCUUAGUAGCCCAGUCCCCUUUACAACUUUAAAAAGGAUUGUUAGAUCAAAAAUCAAUGGGGAUUUCCAUCACCAAUUGUCAGAAAGGGUAAAAACCAAAAUGUGGAGUGAUCUUCGGCAGAACACCAUUCCAUACUGGCCUCGCCGUGAAGCGGUGGCUCAGCUUCGACUAUAUACCGGACAUGACUGCCUAGCCGCGCACCUGUUUCCUUUAGGGCUGGCACCUGAUCCCUAUUGUUCUCUGCACAAGAACCAAGCUGUUUUGGAUGGCAGCCGCAUCCUGUGCUGCGGGUCGUCGUCUACCGAACGAUAUUGGGAAGCAAGAGCGCUCCUGAGGAAAUGA